CAUUGCCCAUUCCUAGAUAGGACCUCCUUCCCAAAAUGUAACACCAGCGUAUGGAGAGUUCACAGAAGAGUGUGUGUAUGGUUUCCUGUGUGUUUGUUUGUGUGUAACGGCUUUUUGAAGGUGGGGAAGCUGAGCAGUGUGUGUGUAUGCAGUAACCCUGCGCCAUGGUGCUGAUGAUCGAGCAGACAGAUCGGACCUUCACUCCAUUAUCAUCGCCUGAAGCAGUAAAAACCGGCAGGAUCGAGAAGAAAGAUCUCCGUAUACAAACCAACGCAGAACCUGAAAAUGUCGAGGAGAAGCUGAAGAAAGGUGGAAAGUCAGCUUGCGACCUUCAGGUGUUUGUUGACACCGAGUCAGAUGUGUCUGAGAGCAGGAGAAAGUCUCCUAUUCUGAGGCUUAAACUGGCUGAUCAACCCUUACUCACACUCAGUCCACCUGACUCUGAGCCAAAAUCAGAGAGAAAGAAAACCCAGUAUAGUCAGUUCUCCAAAGCGAACGCUCAGUAUCAUAAGCUUUUCAAAGAACUAAGCAAUGAUGAGAUCCUCAGACAGAGUUAUACUUGUGCUCUUCAGAAGGACAUUCUUUAUCAGGGAAGGCUUUUUGUCUCGGAUAACUGGAUUUGUUUCCAUUCCAAAGUGUUUGGCAGAGACACCAAGAUUGCGAUCCCUGUUCUCACUAUCAACCAUAUAAAAAAGACAAAAACUGCCCUUUUGGUUCCAAAUGCACUUGUUAUCACAACUAUAUCUGAACGGCAUCUAUUUGUGUCGUUUCUGUCCCGGGAUACUACAUACAAGUUCUUGCUCUCAGUCUGCACUCAUUUACUUUUAGAGAAUGCAGGAAGCACCCCCAUCACAUCAUCAGAGAACAGCUUCAGAGGGGACUGCCCUCCAUCACUUUCUCUGGACCUCUCAGCUGAUUUUUCAGAUCUUGAUGGGGUAGUGCGUCAGAGAAGGCAGGAAAUGAUGGACACUAGCAGUUCAGGCUCCCAGACACCAGAUUAUGAAAAGAAUGACUUUCCCCCUAUCACCGAGAACUUUCUGGACGUGAUUAAGAGCGGAGAGAUGGCAGUCCAUGCUGACAUUCACCUGCAGUCCACCAGCACAAAACACCACAACGGACCGGUUAAGGCUGCUAAUGAUUCCAACCAGCAGGAGAAGUCUCUCUAUCCACUGUCCCUAAACACUCUUCUACUCGUCUAUCUAUUCUUGGUGUGUGUUCUUGUUAUGUCUUCGUGUUACAUGGCUUUCAAGAUUCUGGCACUCGAGCAGCGGCUGAAUUCGCUGGGCUCAUUGGGAGACUAUUCACACGAGAACGCACUUUUUCAUCGAUCUCAAGCAGCCAGUGCAGAGAUCUAUGGCGAGCUGUCCACAAACCUGUUCAAGUUAGAAAAAAUUCAAAAGAACCUACGGAAGCUGCUUGAAGGGAGCUGAGUGUCCUGACAGAAGCUGCAUCUUUGAUAGAAACACAUCAAAGACUCGUGAACAAGAGGAUACUGUGCAAUAGUUACACCACACAUCCUUUCACUCUUCUCAGGAGUGCACACAAUGUUUUUUUUUUUUUUUUUUUUUUACCUGAAUCAUAGCAAGGCAUUUCAUCCGAGAGGGAGAAAAAAGCUUUAUAUUUUAGUACUGUAGAAUGGACAAGCUUCAAGCUAGUGAGAAUAAAUGAGUCCCAAGGACUCAGGUUUUGUAUGUUUUAGCAUUUCAGAAAUAAAAAAAAUUACCAUUGUGGCGAUUUGUUACAAUUUAGAAUUGUCAAUAAAAUAUUUAUAGUUUUUGUGUCAGUGUA